UUCCGACGUAAGUAAACAUAGGGGGAAUUUAAAAGUAGGAACUAAAUUAUACAAUGUGUUCCCGACCGGUAGCUUUCCCUCAUGGGCUUGUAUUUUCAUAUAAUGAAAAAUUAGCAUUAGCCGUGCAAGCGAGCAUGCACUAGCCUGCAUCUAACUGUGUGUGCAUGUAUAGAUGAAAGCUUAUCGUAUAAUUCCUUAAAUUGGUUCAUAGUUUUCGUGUUUUGUUGUGUUAAAUUUAGCUACAUUUGUGUUUUUGCACACCUUGAGCGGAACGUUAACAACCGUAAGCUAACAAAACGAGGCGUUAUCGACACAAUAAAUUCUUUAGUAAAACAGGGGGAACCUGUUGGCGGAAUUAAUUGUUAAUUUAACACUGUGUACCUGCGCGAACUAAACUGGCCAAAAGAAGAAAAGCACAAACAACAAACUAUAGUUUACAGAAGCUCAGCAUCCGAGGCCGACCGACGGGAUGGCUGCUGCACAAUCUGCAGCAGAACCGAGCACCUCGAAAAAUGAUCACGUAGAUCUGUACAGUGACCUGUAUCCAAGCGAUGAGGAUUUGGAUAAAAUGUCUGAAGCAAAUGAACUUUUUGAUGCUGUUCUAACUGGGACGGUUGAUAAAGACAAGAAGGUUUCGAGUAAAGUUGCUUCUUCCAAGAAGGCUCCAGAAGGGGGAAAAACAACUGAUGACAAAACACAAAGGAAAGGAAAGCCAACCAGAAAGCUGUCUAUAUAUGUUGGUAAUUUUCCCUGGUGGACAUCAGACCAGGACCUCACAAGCUUGGCCCUAAGACUGGGCGUUAAAGACAUUACAGACAUCAGAUUUGCUGAAAACAAAGUUAAUGGCCAGUCAAGAGGCUAUGCAGAAGUGAUGGUAACCUCAGAGGAGUCAUUAAAAAUAUUGCUGGAAAAAAUACCACAAUGUCAUAUUAAUGGGGAAAAGAUAGAAUGCCGCUUUGCAACUCAACAGAACCUUUCUGUGUUUGAAGACGUUGCAAAUAAACGUAUACCCUUACGCGUAAGUUCUGGUUCUAAGGAUUCUGAGUCUGUGGAAAAGACUCCCACGACACCAUCUUCACAGGAAUCCAGUGCUCUCCCUGCUCCGCCGCCUCUUUUUCCAUCACAUCCAUUUGCAAACAUUUUUCCCUCACCGCCCAGUCCUUUUCUCGGACAGCCACCACCGCUGUUUCCACCCAUGGCACCGCCGGUCCCUCCCCUUAUGCCACCUCACAUGUUUCCUCCCCAUCCUGCACAUAUCCCUGGCCAGCCGUCUCUGGGGCUGCACCUAAAUCCUCCUUUCUUCAACCUGACACAAGACGGGCACAGCAGCAAAUCGUACAGAGAAAAAAAGCAAACAUCUCACAGUGAAAACGGUGAUUAUGAGGAGCUGAUGAACAGAAACAGAACAAUUGCCAGCAGUGCAAUCACCAAGGCUGUUUCAGGAGCUACAGCUGGAGACCUGCAUAUGGCCAUGGAAACACUAUUAACUGCUAUUGCCAUCAUUAAGCAGUCCAGAGUGUAUGAAGAUGAAUGCUGUCAAGCUCUUGUCACUUCACUCAAAGACUGUUUAGUCUCAAUCCAAGGAGACUAUGGCUGCAAGCAAAGCCGUCAUUCCAGAGAAAGAGACCGGGACAGAGGACGUGAAAGAGACCAUGAGCGCGACAGAGAACGGGACAGAGAACGCGACAGGGAGCGUGACAGAGAGCGUGAUAGAGAACGAUACAGAGAAAGAGACCGAGACGACGCUUACGAUAGGGAAAGCUCAUCUCGAAGAUACAGAGAGCGUUCCUGGAGCGAAGAGAGGGACAGGGAGCGCUCACGAGAGCAAGAACGACACAGAGAUCACAGAGACCGAUACCGCUAACUUGGAUGAUUUCAACUGAAGCAGAAAGUUUUUUGUUUUUUUUUCAACCAAGCUGUAUAAACAUCACAAGGAAUCUUAACCUCAAAGUGUAAAGUGUACGUUUUUCCUCUAAUAAUAUUCAUUGUAGAAAUUUGUUUUAACAAAAAGGCCUGUACAUUUUUUUUGUGUAUUAUAGGGACAUUUGCAUGCAGUGGACCUGUUAAUAACUUGUAAAAGUUUGUUUUCUUCCCUUUUUGCAUAAACUCAACAAAUUUAAAAAAAACAAAAAUCAUAGAAAGCUGUUUUGUCACAAUCUUAUUAAAGUACCUAAAUGAUCUUUA